AAGGGAGCCGGAACGAAGAGGAGGAGGAGGAGGCCGCGUCGCCGCCGCUCGGAGCCCGGCCGGAGCCUCGCAGGCAGGUACAUGGUGCGGGUCCGAGCUGUGGUGAUGGCCCGAGAUGACUCCAGUGGGGGCUGGCUGCCUGUGGGGGGCGGGGGCCUCAGCCAGGUGAGCGUGUGUCGGGUCCGAGGGGCCAGGCCCGAGGGGGGGGCCCGCCAGGGGCACUACGUCAUCCACGGGGAGCGCCUCCGGGACCAGAAAACGACCUUGGAGUGUACCCUGAAGCCAGGCUUGGUUUACAACAAGGUGAAUCCCAUCUUUCACCACUGGAGCCUGGGUGACUGCAAGUUUGGACUGACAUUUCAGAGCCCUGCAGAGGCUGAUGAGUUCCAGAAGAGCCUGCUGGCUGCGCUGGCCGCGCUGGGUCGAGGCUCACUCACCCCCUCCUCCUCCUCUUCCUCCUCCUCCUCUCCAUCCCAGGACACUGCAGAGACCCCCUGCCCUCUGACGUCCCACGUGGACAGCGACUCCUCCUCCAGUCACAGCCGCCAGGAGACGCCUCCCAGCGCCGCUGCGGCCCCCAUCAUCACGAUGGAGUCAACUUCUGGCUUCGGGCCGGCCACGCCCCCCCAGCGCCGCCGCUCCUCUGCUCAGAGCUACCCUCCGCUUUUGCCGUUCACUGGGAUUCCAGAGCCGUCAGAGCCUCUGGCAGGGGCAGGGGGCCCGGGGUGGGGCGGCCGCGGCUACGAGGAUUACCGGCGCUCCGGGCCACCCGCGCCCCUCGCCCUGUCCACCUGCGUCGUGCGCUUCGCCAAGACCGGCGCUUUGAGGGGCGCUGCCCUGGGGCCCCCAGCGGCACUACCUGCCCCUUUGACCGAGGCUGCGCCCCCAGCGCCCCCAGCUCGCCCACCCCCCGGCCCGGGCCCAGCCUCUGCUCCUGCCAAGGCCUCCCCGGAGGCGGAGGAGGCAGCGCGCUGCGUGCAUUGCCGAGCGCUCUUCCGCCGCCGAGCGGACGGGCGUGGCGGCCGCUGCGCGGAGGCCCCAGACCCUGGUCGCCUCCUGGUGCGCCGUCUGAGCUGCCUGUGGUGCGCCGAGAGCUUGCUCUACCACUGCCUGUCGGACGCCGAGGGUGACUUCUCGGACCCAUGUGCCUGCGAGCCGGGCCACCCGCGUCCUGCCGCGCGCUGGGCCGCGCUGGCCGCGCUCUCCCUGGCAGUGCCCUGCCUCUGCUGCUACGCGCCCCUGCGCGCGUGCCACUGGGUUGCAGCGCGAUGCGGCUGCGCCGGCUGCGGGGGUCGCCACGAGGAGGCUGCGCGGUGAGGACGGCUUGGCGGGUCCCCUUAGCCGGCCCGAGGGCCCAAAAUUGAGGGUCCAGGACCCCGGACUCCAUUUGGACCUAAAACCCAAACCUAGGCACACCCGGAACUUGGAGCUUGAGUUUGGACUGAGAGAUCUCAGACCUGAAACCUGGACCCCAAACUUAGGACUGAGAGACCCCAGCCCCAGCUUCACUGGGAUGUCUGUCCAAGAGGUCCCAGGCGUUCUGAGUUCUGGCGUUCCCCCAUCCCCACCCCCCACGAGGAGGCUCCAGGUGUCCCAUACUUUGCAUCUCAGAAGGGCCAGAGAGCGCAUAGAUCCUAGAGAGGGCAUAAAUCCUGGAGAGGGCAGGUCCCUGUUGAAAUGAACGAUCUGGACCACGGUCAUGCCUGGCACCAUGUCCCUCAGAUUACAGCCCCACAAUUAGUCAGGAGUUGCCCAUACCUGACUCUGCCUUUAUUCAACUCCCAGAUCAGAUCUUGAGACCGCAGGACCUAGAGUCACCCCUAAAUAGUCCCUGAAUGUUCACCUAAGACCUGGUGUCCCCGCAUCUGAGACAUUCCCCUAGUCCCAGUAUCCCUGAGAGAGCAGGACCCCCAAGACAGUUUCAAAUAGUUUGAAACUCUCUUGUGCUCUGGAAUCUCCAGAUGCUGCCCCCAAUCUACCCACUACCGAGUGCCCACAGACCUGGCCUCCAAUCCAGGAACACUGAAGUCUAAGGUGUCCAGGGAGUCCCCAGACACCCUAGGACCCCAAAACGCUUAAGAUGCACUGAGCACUUGGAUAUGCUCAAACACGAGAUGUUCUCUGACCAAAAUGACUUGGGAGACCCAUCCCAGAGCCCCCCCAAGAUCCAGAUGUUGGACACCAAGAUGCUCUGGAAGCCGGGGAUCAAAGACCUAUGUAGGCCCACCCGCCCCCAAACCAGUGUUCUCAGGAGCUUUGGAUAUCAUUUAUAGGACUCAGAGGUGCCUGGUGUCCUCAGAUGUGUGACUAAAGGUCACCAACACCUCAGGGCUGAGAUACUGGUCUCGAGUUCUCAAACAACCCUCUCUUGCAGUCCCUCCUGGACCUGGAUUUUGAGACCCCCAAAUGUCCUGGAAUCUUCAGCCUCCUUCUACCCACAGACCCCCAAACCCCCAAGGGCUGGGAGUCCAGCUCCCAGAAGAUGGGAUGCUCAUGGCGACCCAGACCUCUGACCCCCUGGGACCUCAGCCCCUGAGUGACCUGAAGGUAUUUUAGGAGCGCUGGAUGCAAGACCCCAAGGUGCCACUGACCCCCAAAUGCAAGGCUCAAGCCUCUACAACAUUACAAUUGUUCCUGAUCCAAGACCUUGGUCCCUCCACAUCAGAGGCAUUCAGAUUUGAGGUGCCCCAAGACCCCAGCACCCUCAGACCCCAGAUUUCUUUGGACUCAAACCUCUCUAGCGUGAUGAAGCCUGAGCUGCCUCUCCGCCUGAAUCUCCCAGCCCCACCCGUACAUCCUCUGAGACCUGCUGCCCCUUGAAUCCUGCCAUCCAUAGGCCCCCAAAACCCCAAAGUUCUAGACUCUGGAAUUCUGGUCCCAAGGAUCCCAGCCCAAGCCCCUGGCAAUGCUGAGAAUCACCCCUUUAUCCUAGGGUGGGAUCCUUAUCAUUUGGAACUCUUUGUAGGACCACCCAGGGUAGGGUGCAGUGGUUCAUGCCUUGUAAUCCC